AUGGAAGAACCCAUUUCGACUCCAGGACUGCCUACCCGGACAUACAAAGCACGGUCUGACCUACGUGCCGAAGAACAGUUACUCUCCUCAUCGCCGGGCUUCGGUACGCCAGCAUACCCAAUCAAGCCCCGACAGACAGAAGUUGCAAAGCCCUUUGCAGCGCAAUUGAACACCAGUACAACUACACAUAGCGCUCCCACAGUCUUGCCCAUCCUCCUUCCCCCUCAAACUCUCAGACCUGUCGCUUUCCGGACCCUCACGAAGAAACACAACCUGACCCUGACCUCGUCGGGUCUCGGAUUGCUCUCUACGUUCAUCGGCAAAUUCUGUGGCAGCGGCUGGCGAGAAGAAGGUCUUGCAGAACGUGUGUUAGAUGAGAUAGCAAAAGCAUGGAAGAAAUGUGGAGGCGGCCUCCUUGUCGAGGAUGGGCCCGAGAAAAAGCUGUCUAGCAUCUUGAAGAGUUUGGAACCGUGCAUGUCAGGCGGGCGUCUGGACACGGGGAAACUCUCUCGGAGCAACAGUUCAGUACCGAGUCCUAAUCUGUCCCGAGCGUCUUCCUUCACCACGGGGCGACCAGAUGCGAACACGGAUGUUAGCCAGUCGAGCCUAGGACCCUCGGCCGUUAAUGUGGAAGAUGGAGAAUCGCGAGAUCGAGCGGAGGAAGAAGAGCAAUCUCUGCUGGAUGUCCGGUCGUACUUGAAGGUUAUCCCAGCGUUUGACCAGCCCCGACUAAUGUACUCGACUUCGUCAAAAAGUCUGGAGCCUGUAAAAGGCGCAGCCAGCCUGCUCCCUCCCAUUCAACACAAGAUCUCAAUGUUCCGAAAUCACUACCACCUCGUCCACCAGCGACUGAUGCGAAAUGAAUCAUUCCAAACUCCAUCAUUCGCGACCACUGCGAGACCACCUAGGCUGAUGCAUUCAGCAAGUGGCAUGACAACAAUGCAACAAGCCUACAAAAUUACUCCCAUAGCAAACCUCCUUGGCAGAUCAGGAACCUCUCAUCUUUUACUGGGUAUGCUGGUACACUCUCCAGCUGGAGAUGUCGCACUGACAGACCUAUCCGGGAGUGUGAUACUUGAGCUGUCAAUAGCCCGGCCUGUGCCGGAAGAUGGUGUAUGGUUUUGUCCUGGCAUGCUCAUUCUUGUGGAAGGAACUUAUGAAGAAGACGGCUCUCACAACUCAAAUCUGGGCUCGGCUGCUGGUGUAGGUGGACAGAUCAAAGGCGUCUUCGUGGCCCACACAUUGGCCGGUCCACCAGCCGAACGACGAGCCUUAUCUCUAGGUAUUUCCAAUGGUUUGGACUCAGGAGGUAACACGCAUGCAAGCAUGGGUGCAGGAUUCGGCUGGAUCGAUUUCCUCGGCGUAGGGAGUGAGAAAGCGCUUGGGAACCAGAUGCGUCGCAUUCAACGACGUAUUUUCAGACCACCCACUCCCUCCCAGACCCUCGACGUCCCAGAUGAGGACGAGAUCGAAAGUGAACCGCCUCGUCGUCAAAUUGCCCUGUUGGGGGAGUGCAACCUCGACAGUCCCCGAACGCUAGAAGCAAUCCGCGCCAUCCUCUCCUCCUACAACGCCUCCAGCGCUGGACAUAUAAGUGACCUACCUUUCACCAUUGUCAUGAUGGGCAACUUCAUCUCGGCGGCAGCCAUGUCAGGAUCCAGCAAAGGCGGCGGUAGCAUCGAAUACAAAGAACAUUUCGACGCCCUAGCUUCGAUCCUGUCAGAAUUUCCUCUGUUGUUGGCAACCACAACGUUCGUCUUCGUGCCAGGGGACAACGACCCGUGGGUGAGUUCAUUCUCUGCGGGUGCGAGCUGUUUGCUCCCGAGACAAGGGAUCCCAGAGGUGUUCACCAGUAGAGUCCGACGGGCGUUUACCGCCGCCAACGCUGAGGUUCAUGGUGGAUUGAAAGAGAAAGACGGGCUAAGAGGGGAGAGUAUAUGGGCAACGAACCCAGCGAGGAUGAGCCUAUUUGGGCCGUUGGAAGAGAUUGUGAUGUUUCGGGACGACAUCACAAGCCGGUUUCGGCGGACUGCCCUCACGUUCCCGAAGCUCGAUACGGACGAAGAGGAGAGUGGAGGAGGAGCAGCAGCUGCCAACGUCCAGGAUCAGGACCAAGAUCCUCCGCAGUCUGAUGUCGAGGAGAUGGACCUUGACGAUCAUCCUAGGAAGAAUCUCGACAGAGCCGUCCACAGCGCCACCUCGCACGUCCCUUCAUCGGGUCCCGCCCGUCCAUCCCUCCAAGCAGCGCGGAAACUCGUCAAAACCAUCCUCGACCAAUCUCACCUCUCUCCCUUCCCAUUGUCCAUCCGUCCCCAGCUCUGGGACCACAGCGGCGCAUUGUCGCUGUACCCGCUGCCCACGGCGCUGGUGCUCUGCGACGCCGAAAUGCCGGCCUUUGCGAUAAGCUACGAGGGAUGCCACGUCAUGAAUGUCGGCAGGCUCGUGGACGAAUUCUCGCUGCGCAGAGGAGGCCAAGCGGGCGUCGCCAGGGGCAGUGGGUUCGCGAGAUGGAUUGAAUAUGAUUGUCGAAGUAGGAAAGGGGAGGAGAGGACGUUGAGGUUUUGA